AUGGCUGCGGUGCCUCCUUUCACAGCCUGGACCCUGCCCGUCCCGGACUCUUGCCUGAUCUCCACAACUUGCCAUGUACUAGGCUAUCUCCCUCCCGAUGCCUUUGAGCAACACCAGCAAGCGCUCGCGGCUUGGGCGGACCGACCAGCGGCUCCUGCCCAGCGCUCCCGCAACGUCGAGACAGACGUGGCAGCGUGGGAUGAUGGCUCAGCUGCGGCACUGGGCCUUGCCAACCUCGAUGAAGUGCCAGUGAAGAGUCUACGGCCGCCCAAACGCCCAACGCCUCCACUCUGUCGCACCUGCUUUCGCUUGGUACGAUACGGCGAGAUUGGACCGCUGAAUGACACCUUUCACGAAGCCAUGCAAGAUGUGCGGCGCCGCCUCUCACCAAAGGAUAUUCUCCCAGUCUUGGUUGCGGACAUGAGUGAUUUCCCGGCCGCUCUGGCCCCCGCGCUCGUCGAAGCAACGGGGGGCACGGCCGCCCUGGUUCUUACAAAGGCGGAUCUUUUGACGGGCAAGGUCCAGUGCCACAACGCAGCCGCUUACAUGCUUGCUGUCCAGUCUUCGUGGCAGCAUGGCACACUACUGGGAAAGGCUCGGCGAGCAGCCGCCAAUGCUGGACUAAAAGCCCCCCAUAUUUACUUGACCUCGUCUCUCAAAGACUUUCGCGUGGGCCCUACGUUUCGGAAGCUGGCCGAGCUAGCUCAAGAACGGGGACAGGCACUCGUGUUUAUCGGUUGCUCCAAUGCUGGCAAGUCGGCGCUCAUCAAUGCCGUGCUGUCGGGGCCCCAGCGAGCUACAGUUUCGCCGACCCCAGGCACUACACAGGCACUACAGGAGUAUGAACUCAUCCUCGACCAACGGGUCCCCCGUCUGCGCACCGUGAGCCGCGUGGCUCACGCAGAGUUAGCCGUUGAGCACCUUGCCGGAACAAAGCGCCCCAUUCCCGUGUUUGACACGCCCGGCUACCUAAACAACGCCCAGCUCUUCAAUCGCCUACCGAGCCGCGACGCUGCCCUUCUGCAGCAGCGUCAGUAUGCCCGUCCCUUUGUGACCAUGCUCAAGCCCGGGCAGGCAGUGCUCUUUGGUGGAUUGGGUUGGCUCGAAGUUCUGACCGACUCUUGCCGCGUGCGUGUUUCCACGGCUGUGAGUGGGGGUAUUCAAACGCACGUGACUCGCAGCGAGCGGUAUGAGGAGUUUGAGCAUCACGUCGAGCAUUUCACAAGUUCGCGCGAACAGCCCUGUCUUGAGCUGGCUGUCGCUGGUCUCGGAUUUCUUGUCCUCACGCCAGAGCGCUGGGGCGCCGGUGCCAGCAUCCGCCUUACUCUACCCCCCGGCAUACAUGUGUGUCAGCGAGAGUCAUUGGACCCAGACCUGCGGCGCAUGAGUCAGACGAGGGGCAAGCGAUAA